UUACAUUGUAGCAAAAUGGCGACUGUCAUUCACAACCCCCUGAAAGCUCUUGGGGACCAGUUCUACAAAGAAGCCAUAGAGCACUGCCGCAGUUACAAUUCCCGUCUCUGUGCUGAGCGUAGUGUUCGUCUUCCAUUCCUGGACUCGCAGACUGGUGUUGCUCAGAAUAACUGUUACAUAUGGAUGGAAAAGAGACAUCGAGGACCAGGACUAGCUCCAGGGCAGCUCUAUACAUAUCCUGCUCGAUGCUGGCGCAAGAAGAGACGUUUGCAUCCCCCUGAGGACUCCAGGCUGAAGUUGCUGGAGAUUAAACCUGAAGUUGAUCUGCCUCUGAAGAAGGAUGGCUUCACAUCAGAAGGGACCACACUGGAAGCCUUGUUGCGUGGAGAAGGGCUCGAAAAAAAGAUAGAUACUAAAGAGGAGGAUACUCUACAAGAAAUCCAGCGGGUUUUGGAAAAUGAUGAGAAUGCAGAUGAAGUGAACGAAGAGGAAGAGAUAGAAGAAGAUAUUCCAAAACGAAAAAACAGAGCCCGAGGACGGGCCCGAGGCUCCGGUGGUGGUAGGCGAAGGAAUGAUGUUUCUUCUAUGGAUGACCAAGAUAAACCUUAUGUUUGUGACAUCUGUGGCAAGCGCUAUAAGAAUCGACCAGGACUGAGCUAUCACUAUGCUCACACUCACCUUGCUAGCGAGGAAGGGGAUGAUGCUCAGGAACAGGAGACAUGUUCACCACCUGUCCACAGAAAUGAAAAUCAUAAACCCCAAAAAGGACCAGAUGGGGCCAUCAUUUCCAAUAACUACUGUGAUUUCUGCCUUGGAGGAUCUAAUAUGAAUAAAAAAAGUGGACGACCAGAGGAGCUUGUUUCAUGUUCGGACUGUGGGCGUUCUGAUAACACCCUGUGCUUAUUUGGAAUCUGAAUUCUUCAUGGAAUCUUUGGAAGAAACCAACCAACCAAGAGUGUUCAAAAUGCUCUGAUCUUUCUCACAUUGCCCGAUCCUGUCUCACCUGUGUCUUGUUCCCACACGGGAGUUUGGACUGUGGAAUGCCUGCUGGCACUUGCUCAGAGAAGUUUUGGGGGUUCCCUAAGCUUGUGCAAUACAAAAAAAAAACUUACAUUUUUUUAAAAAAAGAAAAAUAUCUUUAAAGUGUUGUGCAAGUUUGUGUGUGUGUAUGCGUGUAUAUCUAAGUCCAGGUCAAACUGGAAAUGACUGAAAACAACAGACUAAUGAAAAAAAAAACUUGACACAAACUAGAACAAGUUAUUUUAUUUAUUUCAAUAUUUAAGAGAGAAAAGUAGUGCUGACAUUGCACAGUAUUUUUGUUUAAAAUGGAUUUUACUUCAGCAUUUAAAGGCUUUUUUUGUGAAGGUGGGACUUUUGCAAAGCGCUUAAUGCAAGAUAAAGGCUGUUUACUUGCAGAAUAAUUUUUUAAACUUAUGAAAAUAAAGAUAAACUUUGCUCUCUCUUAUACUUUAAAUAUGCCAUUUAUAGACCAUGCUGGGGUUUUCAUUUUUCAAAGUGGAUGUGGUAAGUUUAAAUUAUUCUGGAUUAUUUUUUGAAUGUCUGCUAAUGUUUUUUUUUACUUAGCUAUACUAAAUUAGACAAAAACCCUAGUCUAAAUAAAAUACUUUGAAAAGCAAAUGCUGACUUCUGGGCAAGUGUUUAAACCAUAGAAUAACAAAAAUGUAGACAUUAGCAAUAAUGCUACUGAAGCUAGGUGUUUUUAAGGAAAAUAAAUGCUGUUUUCUGUGUUAGCACCUCAUGCUAACAGCUCCUUGUGAAAUAAAUCAACAAAACGUGAACAACUGAACAUACUGGAAUAGUAUAUUUGGAGAAAAGCCUAUACCUCUAAUAGUAUUAUAUGAAGUAUUUGAAAGAACAUUUGGGGACAUUUAGAAUAUUAAUUUUCUUUUUCUACAAAUUAUAAAAUGGGAUAUAGUCACAGACCAUAGCUGUUCUCUACGAGAGUUUUUUUUAGGACCAAGAUAUGAUCCAUGGACAAUUGGUAGCUUAUAAGAUAUAUGUCAGAAAUUCUGCAACACGAGAACAGAAUUAUUCUAAUCAUUUUGCUUGGAGGUGCAUGUAAAUAAUGGAGCAAUACAUAAUCCUGGAAGGAGUUAUCUGGAUAAAGUUUUCUUCUAAAUUAAUUAUGCCAGAUGAUGUAAAAUAAUCCAUUGUGUAUGUAGACCAGCAAUACCUUGGAAUUGUAUGAUGCAAAGCAAUUUUUAUGCGUGCUUGCCUGGAAGCAGAUUUUGCAGAGUUUUAGUGUGACUUAUUCCCUAAUAAGUGUGCAUAGAAGUGUUUAAUCUGGUGUGUAGUUGAAUACAGUAAUCCUUGGAUAAAAUCUGUUUGCCAUAAAAUACAGUUAGAAAAACAUUAUAUGCAUUUCUAAAACCUCCAUACCAUCACUGUAUGCAUGUACAACUCUCUUUUAUAUAUGCGUCAAAUCCUAUUAGCCAAUAACAGACAUUCAGGUAUAACAGACCCUCAUUCCUCACAUUAGACCAGGGCUGUCAAACUUGCAGCCCUUGGGCCGGAUGCAUCAUGUGCUGGCCACACCCAAAGGGGAAAAAAGUUGUGGCAUGUCACAUGAUGUAGCCGUGACGACGUGAGUUUGACACCCCUGCCAUUAAACUAUUAAAUUAAACACAUAAUGUCAUAUAUUAUUUUAGGGUGUAUCUAUUCUGUGAAUUUCUGGGUGCAAUCUUUAGUUUGCUGCUGCAUAAUCACUAUAUAAUUCGUUUAGGCUUUUUCAGGAGUCCAGGAAUGUGAAUCCACAGUUAAGUAAAUUAAAGUUGCAUGGCAAUGGUGCUAUACAUUUUGCAUAUCCUGUUGUCUCUCAGGGAUGCUGGAUAUUAGGGCAAUGCAGAAUCUAGCCCAAAAAAGCACUACAUACAUUCUAGUCAUGGAAUCCAAUAUGAGAAGUUAAUAUCCCAGGAUAAUGCACACUAAAAUUAAUGAAAUUCCUAUUAGGAUUAUUAGGAGAGGAAAAAAAAUGUGUAAAAAUUACAUCAAUUACAACCCAUAAAUUAAAAUUAUGCUGCCAUUUUAUAUAAAUAUUCCAUUAGGUUAAAAAAAUGUGUGUCCAUAUUGCUUUUGUGUUCAUAUACAAUUGACUUCCAAGACAUAUCCUGUAUACUUUUCUGUAAAUAUUUAUUUGUCCACCUUUUUU